AUGCAACGCCAGGAUCGGAGGGUCUGGAGAGCUGCUGACCACAAAGCAAACGACACCAUCCCGCCUGCGAUCCCCCACGCUGCGCUGCGGCCCCUCGGGGGCCGCAGCGCGCACCACGCAAAAAAACCCGCGCCGGAUCUCCUCCCGCGGCACGCCGAGCCCCGUGGGGCCGUGGGUGGGGCGGCGUCGCCUGCUUCCUGGCCCGAGCCGCUGCCCUCGGCAGAGCCUCCAGCGAGAGCGAUGGCCACGGCCACGUACCUGCGCCGUGCCGGGGGCGCCCCUGCCAGCGGGUCCGUCUUCGAGACGCUGGCCCUGGAGCCCCUGGCCGCCACGGCGCCGGCCCCGCGGCCGGCCCCGCGGACCUCCGACGCCGGCGGCCGCAACGGCUCGCACGCGCGCUGCGGGCCGCUGCAGGCCGAGGACCAGGAGGGCGUGGAGAUGCGCCGCGCCGGGUCCCAGGGUGUGGAGAUCGCAAGGGCCCAGGCCGCGCGCGCUGCAGCCGCGGCGCGCGCGGAGCGGGCGGCGCGGGCAGCGCCGGCCCAGGCCCUCCGCGAGCCGCCCGCCGGCCAGCGGAGCCACGAGCCGACGGCGCCGGCCAGCCAGGAGCUCCUCGACGCCGUGGCGCGGCUGCUCGGGUCGGCCAGCGCCCACCGGGCGGGGGUGCCACCGAAGGGGGCGAAGCAGCGCCCGCUGGACUCCGACGUGCCCAGCUUCGACCGCUGCUGGUCCCUGGGCUCCACCGACGGCGGCUCGGGCUCGUCCGUGGGCUGGGACGGCGCCUCGCCGACGCAGACCGAGGACCAGCUGCCCGCCGUGGGCCUCUGCGCCUGA